AUGAAGUAUUUUUUAAUACUUUUAUUAUUUUGUUUCUAUCAAAAUGGCGUGAUAUAUUGUUCAAACUUCGGUGAAUUUGUAACACAAAAGUUUCACCAAUUUUCAAACAAAGUAUCGUCUGCUUUUAAAAUUUUAAGGCAGAAAAUUAGUUCCUUAAUUUUUCCUGAAGUGGAUUCCGUUCUAAGUGAUGCGAGGAAAUUCGCUAAUAUGAAACAAAGAACUAAGGCAGCAUUUUGUGACUUCAUUGAAGAAGAAGCUGCACAAACGGAAAAUGAAGCACCAGGAUAUGACAAUUUGCGAUCAGAACCAACAGCUCUCAUGUCCACUCUCCAAUUAGCAACACUUCAUGGGAAGAGGAUGGAAUCACACGUUGUUACUUCCCAAGAUGGUUAUCUUCUCACCUUGCAUCGCCUUAAGAGCCCGGCUAUUUCGAAUGAAUAUACAGACAGCAGUCUCAAUAAUUCUACCGUUUUAUUGCAUCAUGGAUUACUUGGAAGUUCAGCUGAUUGGAUUUUACUAGGUCCAGAAAAAUCUUUGCCAUAUAUACUAUCAAAUGCAGGAUGUGAUGUUUGGCUUAUUAAUGCUAGAGGAAAUUAUUACUCAAGAGGUCAUAUGAAGAAAAGAGUUGAUUCUUUAGAAUACUGGAAUUUCUCUUUUCAAGAAAUGGGUGAAUAUGAUUUACCUGCUAUUGUUGAUUACAUCAGAAACACUAAAAAUAGUACGGAUCAAAUAAAUUUUAUUGGACAUUCUUUAGGAGCUACUGCCUUUAUUAUUAUGUUAUCAACUCUACCAGAAUAUAACAAUUACUUUAGAAUUGGUGUAUUAUUGGCUCCUUUGGUUUAUAUGACGAAUGCAAUAGGACCUCUUCGAAUUAUUACUUCUAUGGCCAAAACACCUCCACAACAAUUACUUAAUUUACUUGGGAAUGGAGAAUUUCUGCCUAACAGAAAAAUUCCAUCUUGGAUUGCAAGCAGAUACUGUAACGGACAUGAAAUUUAUUGCUUAAAUCCUCUAUUAUUCCUUAGUGGUAGUAUACCAGAAGAAGAUUCAUGGGAUAAAAGUUUGAUUGCCAAUGUUCUUUACCAUUUACCAGCUGGUGGAUCAACAAAAACCAUUUUGCACAUAGCACAGUUAGUAAAAAGUGGAACAUUUCAUAAAUUUAAUAACGAAAAGGAAUUAUUUUCUGUAAACAAUGUGAAAGUUCCUAUUGCUUUAUUUAGCUCUAGGGAUGAUUGGCUUGCUACUACACCGGAUGUAUUGAGAUUAUUUUUCAGUAUUGUUAACCCAAUAGAUCAUUUUGCAAUUAAACAUAAAAAAAUAAGCCAUACUGAUUUUGUGUGGAGUCCAAAUGCACACAUUUUAAUAUUCGAAAAAGUCUUAUAUUAUCUUGAAAAUGGAUUAACUAUUAAUUCAACAAAUACAAAUGAAGUCUCAGGUUAA